AUGGAGCACACAUUUACCGUUAUCCACGGAAAUCACCCGAAAUCCAUAAGAAGACGGCAGCUGCCUCUCACACCAGCAUACUCAUUCAUGGACUAUUGGUCACAAGGUCAGACCAUCAAUAACACCAUUAUAGACAUUGCGACACCACCUACUGCAGGGCUUACUCCAUUCAAUGUCUAUAACUUGCUGAUGACGCAUCCGUCAGAACAUUUGAGAAUUGAAGAUGAAAGGUUGGCAAUGAUGGAUCGGGAGACGGAGCAAUGGUGGAAAGAAAAGACGACGUGUGAAGUAGUGUUAGAAGACAUUGAGAUGUUGUAG